UUGAUGGGAUCAACUUGGAUUGGGAAUUCCCUUCAGUUGCCGACAAAGACCGAUUCACGGCGCUGUGCCAGGAGACACUACAAGCCUUUGAGGCUGAAGUAGCAGGAACCAGCACGCCCAGGUUACUGUUGACCGCAGCAGUGCCUUCAUACAUGGGGAAUAUGGCAGGCUACGACAUUCCACAAAUUUCCAUGUACCUGGAUUAUAUGAAUGUGAUGUCAUAUGACUUUUAUAGUCUAGCAGAUGGGUUCACGCGACAUCAUAGUCCUUUGUUUGCUGGCCCUUCGGACUUUGGAAAUCAUCUAUUCUUCACUUCUAAUUAUUCAAUGAGCACCUGGAGAGACAGUGGAGCACCUGCUGAAAAGCUGCUGAUGGGAAUCGCUGCCUACGGACGAACCUUCACCUUGACCUCAGCGACCAAUAAUGGGGUUGCAGCACCUACCAGUGGUGUGGGUGAACCAGGUCUUUACACUGGUGAAGGAGGCUUCUGGUCCUACUACGAGGUUUGUUACAAUGUUCCACUACAAGACCGCCACUGGUCCGAAGGACAGGAGGUUCCAUAUGGCUCCGCAGGAACUACAUGGGUGGGAUUUGACAACCCGGAUAGUGUUGAAGCAAAGGUGAAUUACUAAUCACCGUCA